AUGGAAAUCAAUCAAUCGACCGGCACUAAAAUGCCGAGUCAAGAACAUUUAAACAUCAUCAAUAAAUUGAAUGAUGCAAAAAUUCCACGACAAAAUCAAUUGAUUGCUAACCGUUUAUUUAUGAAGAAUUUUCCUCGCGAAACCACUAGCGCUGAAAUUGAAACUCGUUUUCAAUCAUUUGGUGCUGUUCACGAUGUGAAAAUCAUUGCCAAAGAAAAUACACAUUUUGCGUUUAUCUCAUUUGUUAAUGAAAAUAGUGCUCUUGAUGUUCUACGCCAACAUGCUAUGAUGCCAUUGACAUUCCAAAACCAACCGAUUAUCUUAGCGCCUGCUUUUAAAAAGACCAACAUGCCAUCGGCAACAAGCCCAACAUCCUACUGUCCAACAAGUGGUUCAACAAUGACACCACCACCAACGCCGUCACGGACAGGAGUAAAUGGAAUAUCUCAACAACCAUCAACGCCAUACCAUCAACAGCAGCAGCAGCAGCAACAACAACAACAACAACAAGUAUCGGCUCCCCAUCAUGUUUAUCCACCCAUAUUUUUUCCUGUACAAGCAAAUAUGCCGUUUAUGCCAAUGGCUGGUACCUAUAUCAUACCACAAGGACCAACAUCACCUCAUCAUUCGCAAUUACCGCCAUCUUUCUACCCAACAUUCUAUACACAAAAUGGUAAUCAUCAAGCAGGUGGCCAAUUAAUCAAUGGCCAUGCAUAUCUUCCAACUUCGUACAUGUAUUCCAUGGGACCACCAGCCACUAUUCCAGCUCAAUAUCAAACAGCAGUCAAUGAUGCGCCUAUGACAAGCGAAUACUGA